AUGCCUGGAAGAUUGAACCACAAGGUCGCUGUGAUCACCGGUGGAGGAAGUGGAAUUGGAAUGGAAACAUCUAUCCUUUUCGCCUCAGAAGGUUGUCUCGUCUUCGUUGCUGAUAUCAACUUAGAAGCAGCAGAGAAAACUGUAUCAAAAAUCAAAAGUUUAAAUCCUAAUUCGUCUUCAGAAGCUAUUGCUAUACGAUGUGAUGUUGGAAAAGAAGAAGAUGUGAAGAAAAUAGUUGAAACGGCAGUUUCGAAAGGUGGUAGACUUGAUAUCAUGUUCAACAAUGCUGGAAUUAUGCAUCCGGAUGAUUCAGAUGCGGUUCAAACUGAUGAAAAAGUUUGGGAUUUAACGAUGCAAAUCAAUUGUAAAGGUGUUUGGUGGGGUUGUAAAUAUGCCAUUCAGGCCAUGUUAAAGAAUCCUACUGAUGAAUCAAAAGGAUUGAAGAUUGGUGGAAGUAUAAUCAACACUGCUAGUUUCGUUGCUAAGUUGGGUGCUGCUACUCCGCAAUUAGCUUAUACGGCUAGCAAAGGUGCAGUUUUGGCCAUGACACGAGAACUUGCAAUGGUUCAUGCUCGUGAUGGGAUUAGACUGAAUGCACUCUGCCCUGGGCCUUUACGCACCCCUUUGUUAAUGGACUUUCUCAACACCGAUGAGAAACGUGAGAGAAGGGUGGUACAUUUACCAAUGGGACGUUUCGGAGAAGCCGUCGAACAAGCCAAAGGUGUUCUAUUCCUCGCCAGCGAUGAUAGCAGUUACAUCACUGGUACAGAUUUCCUCAUUGAUGGUGGAGCACAUGCUUGUUAUGUUACUCCUCUGGGUGAACCUGCGCUUGCACCACCAAAAAGUUUGGCUGCAUAA